AUGUCCGACGAUUUACAAAAUUACCAGCUUCAACUUCAACAAGUUGAAGCUGCACUUUUAACAGAUCCAGAUAAUCAAGAACUUCAGAAAUUGAAAAUUGAUUUAAAAGAAGUUAUUGAAUUAACAUUAGAUUUAAAAAAUAAAGCUGAAGAGGCUGCAAAUCAACCUGAAUAUACGGAACCUGUUGGGGUUGCUGAAGAUGAUGAAAUUACUAAGUCUCUUCUUGCUGUUGAAGAAUUUGUCGCUAGGAAUAGAACUAAAAAAAUGUGGAGAAUUGGGGACAUUUGUAUGGCUAAAUGGAGUGAAAACGGACAGUAUGCAGAAGCUAGAAUAGAUGCAAUUAAUCCAGAUGGUCAAGUGAAUGUUACAUUUGAAACUUAUAAAAACAGAGGUAUAACAACACUAGAUGAACUACGAGAAUUCACAGGACAGAAGCGGGUACUUUCAGAAUCCGAAAAAAUGAAAAAAGCUAAAAUGCACAACAAAGAAUAUUUAAAAAGAAAAAAACAAAAGAAACAACAAAGAUUUAAAGAGUUGGAAGAAGAACGUGAAGGUGAAAAAAAGAAAUGGCUUGCUUUUGCCAGUAAAGCCACCAAAAAGAAAACUGGCCUUAAAACGAAAAGUAUUUUUGCUUCGCCUGAUUCUGUUAAUGGUAGGGUAGGAAUUGGAACUUGUGGAAUAAGUGGAAAACCUAUGACUGAAUUUGCUACUGCUGAAAAAUGGAGGAAAGGAGUUUAA